AUGGUAUGUGUCGCUCAAGACACUUGCAAAGGCAAAUCAAUUGAAGAUCCGACACUUAUUAAAAAAUUGUUAGAAUUAUCUGAUAGCAAAACAGAGCAUUUGCCAGGUCUUUUACCUUUGGUUCCUGGAAUGCCUGUUAUUUUAACACAAAACUUUGCUAUUGAGCUGGGUCUCAUUAAUGGAAUGAAUGGAAUCUUUCGACAACUUGUCUACGAAGAAGAUUCCGUGUCAACAGAUGUUCUUUCGGAAACAUUUCCCAAUAACACACGAUACAUACGUAGACCGUUGUACGCAUUAAUUGAAAUUGUUAGAUCGAAGAUUGAAUGCAACUUUGAACACCUCCAGUCAAACCUCGUACCAAUACCAUCAAUGGAACAAACUUUUCGCAUUAAUAUUGCCGAUGUUUUACCAAAAGAUAAGAAACUGAAAUCAAAUCACAGGACAAUUUUACCAAUUAAGCGACGUGCACUACCACUUGUACCUGCGUAUUCUAUUACAACAAAUAAAAGUCAAGGCCAAACUUUACGUAAUGUCGUAAUUGAUCUGAAGUUGCUAAAUGAAACCGAUGACAUUGCAGCAAUGUAUGUACCUUUGUCACGCGUAAAACGCUUGACUGAUUUGAUUAUUUUUCGACACUUCGAUUACAAAAUUUUAACAAUGACACCAAGCAAAUCUCAACCAGCCGAAAUAGAAAGAUUAGACAAACUAUAUUUAGAAACACAAUGGCGUUUUCCUGAAUGGUUUUAA